AUGGCAAAUGAACUUGUGCACGGAGGAGAUUUAUUACAAAAGCUUUCCUCCCUCAACAGACAGCGAGAACUUCCGUCUGAUUUCAAAGAGUCGAUUGUUGAAGCUUCCCUUUUUCAAAAGCCUCUCGGUUCACACGAUGCACUUCAUACCUUCCAAGACAUGUGCAAAGACAAUCUGCAUUCUCUUGUCGCAGAAGCCAUUGAUGGUGCAUUCAGAGACCCGGCCCUGCGGAAAAGCAUUGAAACGAACUGGGGGCUUAGCUACGACUUUGAUCAUGCGAAAAGCCAACAGGAUAUCAUCGAUAAGAGCGCGCCCUACGAUCUCGCUUCGUGGUCGAUUAUCAAUUGCCCGACCGAAUGCUUCCCGUAUCUGCUCAGCCGUGGAGCAAUAAGUCCCUCUGCCUAUUCUCGCACGGGAGAGAGCUUCUUUUGUCUCGCGGUCAAGAGCGAUCAUGAGCUGGAAUCAAUAGACCUUCUGCUUUCUGCGAUGGGCAAUGAGCACAUAUUUCAGCCAUAUAUGCUGUCAGAGCCAGAGGACGACAGAAAAACGAUCCUACAGGCUUCUAUAUACAACGAACCGUUGUUCCGAGCCUGCUGGAAAAGGGUGAAAUCUCAACCUCAUCCCCCUCAAUAUUCACUUGGGCCUCAAGAACUUGGACAUAUAUGUCGUUUUGUGGAUGUUGAACUCGCAGAAGACCUCCUACAAUGUGAAGUGGACAUAGCAAAACCGCACCAGGAGAAUCCGUCUCCUGGUUGGCUAGAGCUUUUGUGCCAAAGUGACGCAAGCCAAAUGUUCGAUUGGUUCCUGGGACGCGGCUCUGCUCCCCCCAAAUGGUACUUGACUUACGCUGCGGAACACGAUUGUGUGCAUGCCGUCCAGUGGAUAUUAGGUCAUACUGAUGAUUACGAUGAUUGGCUUCGGUCCAGCUUGGUUGCGGCGAAGCGUAAAGAGGAGAAGAGUGCUGAUAUGCUGGCGACUAUUCUACGGUCCCCGCUUUCGAAGUGGAAACCGAAUGAUCGACUAAGGCAAGACAUUGCUAUUACAAUUGUCGAUUCGAUGUGCGACGAGAGCGAGGCUCUUUAUAUAACGCUCGAGGAUAUAUAUCCCGAAAAUACUAGUCCUGCUUCCUGCGAAAUGAUCGCGAGAAGGGAGGAUAUUGCCAUUCGAAAGCUUCACACCCUUCGUGAUGUGGGUGGUGGGGUGAGCAUUGUGGGCCUAAAAGUCAAGAGUACCGCAGCUGGGCUUUAUGGGCUGACAGAGGCCCUGGGGGACUUAGAACCGUAG